AUUUUAUUGCCUGACUUUCUUUAAAGCGAGGACGGCAUCUGGGUUUAAGGAAGUCGUCUCUGAUUUGCUGCUGCUGCCUUUAAAUACCAACUAUCAGCCACACAAAGAAAGACAGAAAGAAAGAAAGACGCGAAGAAAAAAAGUGUUAUUAGCAGCCAAGUAAGUGCUUGGCAAUAGCUCCUGAUCCAUGUUCAUAAAGCAGUUGAAACACAGUUAGAGUCUAUCCCCUCCUUCUGAUGUACAUUACAGCAAGGGACAUCCAAUCAAACACGUAUCUCAUCGAUUCGGACCUCUCUCCAAUGGAUUUUGUAUGUGCAUUUGGGCAAAAUAACCCUGUGAGACAGUCUAUCAAAGGCGAGUCUGUCCAUUUCGAGUAAUAUUUGUCCUGUUGCCCUGUGAAACCGAUAAAGACAUUUACGUCCGGUGUAAAAGUGGUUAGGAAUUCACUUGGAUUUCCAGAUGGAGGCUCCAGGAACAUGUGCCAAAUAAAUCCUUAGGCUGCUGCUUCCUUAUCUAAAAGAUGUGUGUAUUUAUUUAUAUAUUUGGGGACCUAUAUCACCUGAGAAAUCCCGUUUAUCGACAGAAUAUCUUGCCUGUUGCAGCUUCCAACGCUGACUGAGGAUCGCAGGAGGAUUUUUUCUUCCACUUCUUCUUUUUCCCUUUUUUUCUUGACUGUACUACUCGUCUCCACAUCGUGAUAUCCAAGAAAAGGAGAAUCCAGCCCAUCGCUUCUGCCGAGCUUCUUUUUUGGUGCUGAACAUUUGGACUUUUUAUUCUUUAAUUUUUGUAUUUUUGUUUUGUUUUUUGAAAACUACCGAUCUAUGUAAUCCUUCUGAAAUCAAAACAACUGUCCACCAGUCCUCUCCACCACGGGUAUCGUUUAUGAAAUCUCCUCAGAGAGGUGGACCAGCUCAGGAUCUCUGGGGCUAAAAUAACUCUUCCGAAAAAUCCGAAACAGGCAUGCCGCGCAGGAAGCAGCAAGCACCAAGGCGCGCAGCAGCCUAUGUUCCGGAUGAGCUAAAGGCAGCAGCUCUGGUAGAUGAAGAUGUCGAUCCAGAUGAGUUGGCUGUGGACGAAGAACCACCAGUCAAGUUUAUGUGUGCUGAAAAAGAAUUUCCUAAAGAUAAGCAAAGCUACCAAGAUUCCCCAGUAGCAGAGUUUUCCAGCCAUGAAAUGGACAGUGAAUCUCACCUUAGUGAGGCUAGUGACCGCAUGUCAGACUUUGAGAGUGCCUCAGUAAAAAAUGAGGAGGAAAUCAAAGAAACACCCGUGCAGAAUGAAGAAACUAGCGUCCCAGACAGCUUGGAACAAAUGAAAGCAAUCUACAAUAGCUUUUUAACCAACUCUUACUGGUCAACCCUUAACCUAAAUCUCAGUCAGACUUCAAACGAAAAGCCACAGGGCAGUAGUAGUAGCAGCAGUAGCAGCAGCAGCAGCAGUUGUGGUGGCAGCAGUUUUGACUGGCAUCAGUCUGCCAUAGCUAAGACAUUGCAACAGGUGUCUCAGAACAGGCUUCACCCAGAACCCAGCCUUUUCAGUACAGUCCAGCUUUACCGACAAAGCAACAAGCUUUACGGCUCCAUUUUUACUGGGGCCAGCAAAUUCCGCUGCAAGGACUGCAGUGCAGCCUAUGACACUCUGGUUGAACUAACCGUUCAUAUGAAUGAAACAGGACAUUAUCGUGACGAUAACCAUGAGACAGAUAACAACAAUCCUAAACGCUGGUCCAAGCCCAGGAAACGUUCUCUGCUGGAGAUGGAAGGGAAAGAAGAUGCACAGAAAGUUUUGAAGUGUAUGUACUGUGGACAUUCCUUUGAAUCUUUGCAAGACCUUAGCGUUCAUAUGAUCAAGACAAAACACUACCAGAAAGUGCCUCUAAAAGAGCCUGUAACCCCUGUGGCAGCAAAAAUUAUAUCCUCCACACGGAAAAGAGCACCCAUUGAGCUUGACCUUCCAAGCUCUCCGGAUUCUUCGGCAGGGACACCUAAGCCAUCCCUGUCUGACCCGAAUGAUGUUUUUCAGAAAGCGUCCAACCCUUACAUCACUCCAAACAAUCGGUAUGGCCACCAGAAUGGUGCCAGCUAUGCUUGGCAGUUUGAAUCUCGUAAAUCGCAGAUUCUAAAAUGUAUGGAGUGUGGUAGUUCUCAUGAUACACUUCAAGAACUGACUGCUCAUAUGAUGGUUACUGGGCAUUUCAUUAAAGUGACCAACUCAGCAAUCAAAAAAGGGAAACCCAUCGUUGAAGUACCCAUAACUCCAGUGGCUGUCACUCCAGUAGAAGAAAAAGUGCAGUCAGUACCUUUAGCAGCCACAACCUUCACCCCUCCUGCUGCCACUCCAUCUAGCAUUUCCCCUAAACUGUGUGUUGAAAUUAAAAAAGAGGAGAAGGAAGAAGACUGUAGUGUGGAAAAGAGUAAAGAAAAGGACAAGCAGGAUGAGGAAGAAGAGAAGUUUGAUGUCUCAUCAAAAUACAACUACCUUACCGAGGAGGAUCUUGAGGAGAGUCCUAAAGGUGGUUUUGAUAUCCUUAAGUCACUGGAAAACACAGUCACAUCUGCAAUCAACAAAGCACAGAAUGGAGCCCCUAGCUGGGGAGGUUACCCUAGCAUUCAUGCUGCCUAUCAACUUCCAAACAUUAUGAAGCUGUCUUUAGGCUCCUCUGGGAAAAGCUCUCCAUUAAAGUGCUUGUUUACAGGUAGUGAGCUUCUGUCUCCGACCAAAAGCCAACCCUUAGUGUCCCCACCCAGCAGUCAGAAUUCUCCUCUGCCAAAAAACAAUUUCCAUGCAAUGGAGGAGCUUGUGAAAAAAGUUACAGAAAAAGUGGCCAAAGUGGAGGAGAAAAUGAAGGAGCCAGAGGUAAAAUCAUCACCACUAAGGGGGAUGACACCUUCUCCUUGUAGCAGCGAGCCUGGCGAUCGCAUAACAUGUGACUCACCCAAUGAAACCUGUGCAAAAAGCCCUGAAAGUGUCAUUGGCAAACACAAAGACAUGAACACUGAAAUAUCUACAAAAGAUUCAGUUGAGAAUGGGACCGAGCCUGUUAAAAUGACUGCCGUUAGUUUAUGUAAUAGCACUGCCAUCAUCACAGACCACCCUCCAGAGCAACCUUUUGUUAACCCUUUAAGUGCGCUUCAGUCAGUAAUGAAUGUCCACCUUGGCAAGGCUGCUAAACCGUCACUGCCUGCUCUGGACCCUAUGAGCAUGCUGUUUAAAAUGAGCAACAGCUUAGCAGAAAAAGCUGCCGUUGCUACCCCACCCAUGCAGACCAAAAAAAACGAGCACUUGGACCGUUAUUUCUAUCAUGUCAACAACGACCAGCCUAUAGAUUUGACGAAAGGCAAGAGUGACAAAAGCUGCUCUUUAGGUUCAGCGCUUUUGUCAUCUACAUCGACGUCUUCUGCUUCUCCUUCAUCUGCAGUGACAACAGCAAAGACAUCUGCAGUCAUGUCAUUCAUGUCAAACUCUCCGCUACGCGAGAAUGCCUUGUCAGAUAUCUCUGAUAUGCUGAGGAAUCUGACAGAAAGUCACACAUCAAAAUCUUCUACACCUACAAGCCUGUCUGAGAAGUCAGAUGUAGAUGGCACUAUCAUCGAAGAGCCAGAGGAGGUCUCUCCAGCCCAGAAACGUAAGGGUCGUCAGUCGAACUGGAACCCCCAGCAUUUGCUCAUCCUCCAAGCCCAGUUUGCUGCCAGCUUGAGACAGACUUCAGAUGGAAAGUAUAUCAUGUCUGACCUCAGUCCUCAGGAGAGAAUGCACAUCUCCAGGUUCACAGGUCUCUCUAUGACCACCAUCAGCCACUGGUUAGCCAAUGUGAAGUAUCAGUUGAGAAGGACAGGUGGAACAAAAUUCCUAAAGAACCUAGAUUCAGGUCACCCAGUGUUUUUCUGCAAUGACUGUGCUUCACAAAUCCGCACCCCUUCAACCUACAUCAACCAUCUAGAGUCGCAUCUGGGCUUUAGGUUGCGGGACUUGUCCAAACUGUCUAGUGACCAGAUCAACAGCCAGAUCACACAGACAAAAAGCCACUCAGAAAAACUCAUCACUGCCGCCUCCUCCCCGGAGGAAGAGAGCGGUACGUCCUAUCAGUGUAAGCUUUGCAACCGGACUUUUGCAAGCAAGCACGCAGUCAAGCUGCAUCUCAGCAAAACGCAUGGAAAAUCCCCAGAGGAUCACCUCAUGUACGUGUGUGAGCUUGAGAAGCAGUAGCACUGGCCUUCAUGAACAUAUGUUAAGGGGACUUAAAGAGAUUGCAUAAAGCUACUGCUUCAUUUCUGCACACACCACUGCUAUAACUUCAGAGAAAGUGCUCUGUUUUUUGGUUUAUUUUUUAUUAUUAUUUUAUUUUAUAAUUGUACAGUGUUUAAUAUAGAGGUGCAUAAUCAGCUGUUGUUACUGGUUAAAUAUGAAGGUUAUAAAAAUAUGAAGUGGUAUGUGUUUGGAAUUUGUGUAAAUUGGAUUUAGUUUUUGCGCAUCCUUUAGAUGCAUUAAGCUGCAUGCGUUAAUGGACAGUUUAGUUAAGCAUUUAUAACUAAAUCUGGUGCACUUUUUUAUGUGACCUAAGUGUGCUGGUAUCAGCCUUUGCCAUUUAACCCUCUGAGUACAGCUAGGCACUUCUGUGUUCAUUUGCAAAACCAAAAUCUUGAGAAAAGAUGUUUUAUGUCCAUUAUUGGUGAGAAAGAGACGCAUCUGACCAAAACAAUCCACUAUUAGUUAUACAUUUCCUAAUAUAAAAUACUGUCUUUGUACCAAUAUUAUUGUAUGUAUUGCAUAGAUAAAUAAAACCAGAAUUGUAACCGGUUACAAUUUAUUAACUAUGUCAGGGGCCUUUUCUUUUAAUCAAAAUUGGCUCUAAACUUGAUGGAGCUCAGUAUAAAAACAUUCAUUAUAUUUGUUUGCACAACAGAUUUUUUCAACUUUUUUUUUUGUAAAAUGAUUUAUUUAAGCCAAUAAAUUUGUUUUUAAACUUUGAAUCAGCCUCAUGCUCAAAGGGUUAAACCUCUAGUACAAAUUGUACUGUAUUUCUUGAAAAAAAAAUUAAAAAGCUAUAAAGAAGAGUCUGUACAAAACUGCAUUACUUUUUAAAGUUUUAUGGCAUUCCAUGAUGUAACCUCUUAUUUAUAAGCACCCUUGGUUGUUAUUUCAUAUUGUAGAAUGCCUUCUUGAUUGGUAACUUUUUGUUCUGCCUAAUUAUUCUCCCAUGAUUCCAUAUCUUUAGGCAUAUGAAAGGUAACCCUUGGUUACCAGCACACUGAGUGACUCUGUUCUGCUAUGUUUUUGGCAGUUAAUUUGCAGAAGUAACUGACAGCUGACACCAUUUGAGAAUCUAUGUAUAAAAUAUUGGCAUGUAAACAGCACAGACACGGUUAUGCACUCUGUGCCCUGUUUUUGUUGUUGACAAUGAAGCACUCAUUAUAUGACUUCAUAUAACCUUUUUUCUACUGCAGCAUUAAAAUGUUUUUUGCAAUAA